AUGAAAGACCGACUUCAAGAACUAAAGCAACGAACAAAGGAAAUCGAACUCUCUAGAGACAGGCAUGUGGUGGCUACAGAAGCAGAAGAACAAGGGGUGUUUUUGCAGCAAGCUGUUAUUUAUGAAAGAGAGCCGGUAGCUGAGAGACAUUUACAUGAGAUCCAAAAGCUACAGGAGAGUAUUAACAAUUUGACAGAUGAUGUUCAAAAAUUUGGGCAGCAACAGAGAAGUCUGGUGGCUUCAAUGAGAAGGUUUAGUCUACUUAAGAGAGAGUCUAGCAUUACAAAGGAGAUAAAAAUACAAGCAGAACACAUUAACAGAGGUUUGGAUGAUUUAGUAAAACAAGUUAAAAAGUCAGAGGCUGAAAAUGGUCCAUCAUCAGUGGUGACAAGGAUACUUAAAUCUCAGCAUGCUGCUAUAUUCCGCCAAUUUCAGCAAACAAUGUUUACAUACAAUGACACAUUAGCAGCAAAGCAAGAGAAGUGCAAGACAUUUAUUUUCCGUCAGCUUGAAGUUGCUGGAAAAGAAGUGCCUGAAGAAGAAGUAAAUGAUAUGCUCUAUCAAGGCAAAUGGGAAGUUUUUAAUGAAAGCUUACUUACAGAAAUCACUAUCACUAAAGCACAGCUCUCAGAGAUAGAACAAAGACACAAGGAACUUGUUAACCUGGAGAACCAAAUAAAGGAUUUAAGGGACCUUUUCAUUCAGAUAUCUCUUUUAGUAGAGGAACAAGGAGAAAGCAUCAACAAUAUUGAAAUGAUAGUGAAUGGUACAAAAGAAUAUGUUACCACUACUAAAGAGAAAUUUGGAUUGGCUGUAAAAUACAAAAAAAGAAAUCCUUGUAAGGUAUUGUGCUGUUGGUGUUGUCCAUGCUGUGGCUCAAAAUAA